AUGAACCAACCUGUCAUCCUUUAUGCCUUAGAACGGCGCCAAAACGGCGCCAAGAAUGUGUUUCUCACUAAGUCAGAUGUAGAGGGCAUCAUCCGGAUCAAGCAGGGCGACCAGCAGGCGCCCUCAGGCCGGCGGCGGCGGGGUGCGGGAGGGGGGGCGGCAGUGCAGGGCGGCACCAAGAACUACAGCAAGAAGGUGCUGCAGUUCUUCCAGGUGCUGAAGGGCGCUGGCGGUCAGGACAUCCUGUGCCGCUGCGUCAAGCGCAGCGGAGAGUGGCGGUGGUGCCCCGUGGUGCCGCUCGAGGAGCUGCCCCGAGUGAUCAAGGAGCACCACGAGCGGGCGACUGGCUUCAGCGGUGUGGAGAAGCUGUACACACAUCGCGGCAAAGUGGGCAAGCAGCUGGGCCGCAACCGCAUCGUGUGCCGCGUGGUGGAGAUCAAGCGGCCCUUUGGCGUGACCAUGUACCGGCUGCGGAGCGGAGCUGGAGUGGUGGAGGGUAUGCAUCAGGCCAGCAGGCUAUCUAAGGCGCCACCCAGCCUGGCCAGCGAGCUGACCUUCAGCGGCACGGCGCAGCGAGGAGUGCCUGUGGUGUCUCUCAAUGUGGCGAUGGCGGCGCAGCCCGGCGGCGGCAAGGCAGCCGUGCGCUGCGGCUGCCGCGGCGCCUGCACCCGGAACUGCAGCUGCAAGAAGAAUGGUGCGCGGUGUGGGCGGCACUGUGGCUGUAUAACCGGGCUAUAUGGGGUCAGUUCACGUAUGGGAGGGGAGCGCCGCGCGGGCUGCCAGGAGGGAGCGGGGGCGGGGGUUGCCCAAUCGGGAGGGUGCCACAUCAGGGGGCAACAGAUGACGCGCUACAGUGUGAUAGCGCCUCCAGGUCACAGCAGGCAGAGCACGAACGAGCUCAGGAAGCUCGGCUUGGGCUGUGCUUACAGCGAAAGGUAUUGGAAACUGGACGCAGUGGUGCUUGCUGUCGUGCCAGACAUUGAGGAGGACCUGCGCCACCUGCUGGAGACGGGAGAGCUGCCGGCGGCAGACACGCCGGCGCAGCGCGAGAAGCGGCGGCGUGGGGAAGACGAGAGUGAUGAGGCCAAGCUGGAGCCGGUGCAGUUCCACGGCGGGCUGGUGACGAUGCUGCGGGAGCGGGAUGGGUUUGUGACCCUGGAGGGCAUGGCGCUGCGGCACAUCGAGCCCAUGCUGACGCGCAUCCUGCGCUUCUCGCGCCAUACCCCUGCUGGCGGAGCAGGGGCGCAGCCACGCUGGCGCAGCGCCUGGCCGCUGAGCGAUGCAGAGGCGCAGUUUGUGGAAGAGGUGCUGGUGCACCGGGAGCAAAAGCUGCAGCGGGGGGAGCAGUACGACGAUUUGGUGCCCAUCCCUCCAGGGGAUGCGCGGGGGCAGAUGCUGCGGGGGCCGUACAAGACCAAGCGUGACGGCAGCGGCAUGCAACACAACUGGGGCCGCCAGUUCUUCAGCACCUUCCGCCGCGGUGACCUGUCUGGCUUUCUGUGGGCCGACGGCACUGAGUCGUUCAGCGAUGGCGCUCAGCAGCGCUUCAACAACUGGAUGGAUGGGAUGCUGAACCUGGAGCCUGAGGCUGGCGACGAAGAAUUUGAGGCGGGCGACGAUGCAGGGGCAGGGCAGGCAGCGUAUGGCUUCGAUGCUCCACAGGAGGCAUAUGAUGAUGACGAGGAGGAGGAGGGGGAGGAGCUGGAGCAGGACCCCGAUGACAGCGAUUACGUGGUGGAAGAGGAUGGGCAUGGGGAGGAGGAUUGA